AUGGACAGAAUCUUGAUAAGUAAAAUCGUUCCCAAGACUACGACGAAAUCAGGCCUCUUUUUGCCUGAAAGUGCAACGGAACCAUCCUACACGGGCAAGGUUUUGGCAGUUGGACCAGGAAGAAUAACGAGCAAUGGAAGCAAAGUCCCCCCUAGUGUGAAGGAAGGCGACGUUGUUGUUUUGCCGGAAUAUGGUGGUUCUUCCUUAAAAAUCGAUGGGGAAGAAUUUUUUGUCUACAGGGAUGAUGACAUAGUUGGCAUUAUCAAAGACCAGUAG